ACAGGGCGGCAUUUCCCGGAGAUCAUCAACAACCACAGACCUUAAGAUCAAGGAGGAACAGUCGAACAGAGGAAGCAGAGGAGGAGGGCAAAAUGGGAAGCUUGGGAAGAGCAGUGUACACACUGGGCUCGUUGAUCCGAGGCUCCGGCCAAGCCCUUGAUCGCUUCGGCACCCGCCUGCAAGGCAGCUACUACUUACAGGAAACGUUGUCUAGGCACCGAACACUGAUGGACAUAUUUGAUAAAUCCCCGAUUGUUGAUAAAGAUGCAUUUGUAGCACCGGGUGCCUCAAUAAUUGGCAAUGUUCUGGUGGGUAAAAAUUCUUCUAUUUGGUAUGGAUGUGUUCUGAGAGGUGAUGUAAACAGCAUACACGUGGGAUCUGGAACCAAUAUACAGGAUAACUCCCUCGUUCUCGUGGAAGAAUCAGAAUUGUGUGGAAAGGGGCUACCAACAAUUAUUGGGGACAAUGUCACAAUCGGCCACAGCGCUGUUAUACAUGCCUGCACCGUUGAUGAUGAGGCCUUCGUUGGCAUGGGAGCCAUUUUGCUUGAUGAUGUACAUGUGGAGAAACAUGCCAUGGUUGCUGCGGGUGCCCUUGUGAAACAGGGCACUAAAGUUCCAUCGGGAGAGGUAUGGGCGGGAAAUCCCGCUAAGUUUCUGAGGAAGCUUACUGCUGAAGAAAUAGCCUUUAUUACUCAAUCGGCCACCAAUUACUCCAACCUGGCACGCGUCCAUGCUGCUGAAAAUUCGAAAUCUUUCGAUGAAAUUGAAUUCGAGAAGAUGUUGAGGAAGAAGUAUGCUCGUCGUGAUGAGGACUAUGACUCGAUGAUUGGUGUCGUCCGCGAAACUCCCUCUGAACUCGUUCUUCCCGACAGCAUUCUGCCAGAUAAAGCGAAGAGUGCCAACUGAGAUAUACAGCGGACACGCUAACUAGGUAGCUUUCUUGAUCUCUUCCAUUGCGUUCUUGAGCAUCAUCGGGAUCUUGUCUUCCUACCCAGAAUAAUGUUUGUGCUUCCGUUUCAAGAUUCAAUCUUUCUCUUCCCUGGUUUUUUUCAAGGGACAACCAAUUGAAUGGCUAUAGAGCUGUAUUCUUUUCUUGCACCUCAGAUGAACUAGAUGAGUUGUAUACCAUAUAACUAUGGCAUGCUUGGAAGAUUUGUUUGAUAAUUGUUCCAAUUUCCCUCAUA